GGUGUAUCCUUGGCUGUGCUUUGAGAGACCUACAUGGCAAUGGCAUUGAGCCCGGGUAUUUACUGGACUCCUCUAGCGGGAGCUCCAGUCGACUGCUGGCCAUGUGGGCGCAUGCGCGCCCGGCGCGCUCGGCGGCAUGCUGGCCAUUGGGACGCCGGGCGGGUUCUGGUUCCGCUUGGUCUGCUGGGAGAGAGGAUGAAGAGCAGAAGGAAGGCCAUCAAAGACGACAGUCCUUCACACCGUUUCGGGCGAAGGCAAGGUCUCCUUGGAAGUGCCCUGAUGGCUCCGGCCAGUUGCAGGGCGGUGUCUCCAGUUCCACUGACCGUUGGCUUGGGGACGUGCUGCCUUAAGGGGGAGCAAAGCGAGGAGCAGGUGCUCAAUGGCCUUAGCUUGGGGUAUCGUGUCAUUGACACCGCCAGCCACUACGACAACGAGGUGUCGGUGGGAAAGGCCUUGGUGCGCUCCAAGGUGCCGCGGGAGGAGGUGUUUUUAGUGACCAAGGUGUGGUUCGACGACAUGGGCGAGCGUGCGUCUCAAGCGACCCAGGAGUCCAUAGGCCGAUUGGACACCUACGUGGAUCUGCUCCUGGUGCACUUCCCGGGCACCAACGACGCCAUCCAGAGCCCUACCGCCAACCGCCGGCUCCGCGAGACCACCUGGCGGGCAUUGGAGGAUGCCAAGAGUGCGGGCCUCACACGGCACCUCGGGGUGGCCAACUUUGUGCGGCGCCACCUCAAGGAACUACUUGCGUUUUGCAGGGAGGCGCCUGAAGUGAUGCAAACCGAAGUGCAUCCGUACUUUCAACAGCCGGAGUUGUUGGAUCUCUGCAAGCGCAACAACUUGCAGGUUCAGGCAUUUUCGCCCUUGGCACAUGGUCAGCUGGCCUUAUUGGAGGAUCCGCUGCUGAAGAAGCUUGGUGCCAAAUAUCAGCGAAGCCCAGCGCAAGUGGUUCUCAGCUGGCUGCUACAGAAGGGAAUUGCACCCAUUGCUUUCAGCAGAUCCCUUGAGCGCAUGAAAGAGAAUCUCUCUGGUGGCUUUGUGCUGACGGCUGCAGAACUGGAGCGCAUCGAUCUGCUGGACCGGGGCGAAGAUGCUCGGGUGGGAUUCAACCCCAAUUUGAUCGCUUGACCCAGUUCAGUCCCACUCAUAUCCCUUUUUGUUUGGAGGGACAAAUUUGCUAAGCAACGAUUUCCCAACCCUCCAAAAAUAGAUUGAGCGUCCCUCUUUUUAUGACAAGCAGGUCAGGUCACAACUUGGUCGCGUAGAUCGUGCCGUGGGAGCUGACGACAAAUCCAAAGCAUCUCUCAGAGGGCAUCGAUGCGUUUAUAGAUCUUGGUCGUGCAUCCUCCCUUCCGGGCAGAACAAGCCCACACGUCAAUUGCCUGCAGCGAUUGCUGAAUCACUAUGUGAUGCAAUCUGAUCUAUUGCAUAGCAUUGUUUUUUGCGAUCUCCGUGGGAUGG